AUGCCCAAAAGUCUCGUGGAUUUUUAUUACAUGUGGAAAACAACUGAUCAUCAUGUCCAACAAAAACGAAUGAAAGCUGCUGAGGCUGAGCAUCGCCUCAAGCAGGUAUACAUUCCAAACUAUAACAAGCCGAACCCUGCCGUUUUAUAUCCUCCUUCUGGGAAUCCAGGUGUGCCUGAUAAUCCUCCAAAUCGAUGUGAAGGUUGUCAAGCCUUAAAUUCUGCUCAGUGGUAUGCACUAGGUCCUCCAACAUGUCUCUUAAAGGUAUGCAGCAAUUGUUGGAACUACUGGAAGCGCUAUGGUGAUCUCAAGGCGUCUUCUAUCCUUUCUCGCGUAAAUGGUACUCAGAGUAGCGGGAACUGUCUUUCUGAUCUUUCCUUUACUUGCCCCGUCAAACCCUGCUCCGAAGAGUUCUCCUCUCGCGUUCAUCUUGCUCAGCAUUUAGAAGCCUUCCACCAGCAUAUUGGUAGUCAUUUAGCCGACGAGGUUCAGCCUGGACCGUCCUCUACGACACAUCCUGUAUCUGACACUUUUUCCGUCUUGCCUACAGAAGCUAUUACGACAACACCCUAUAGCUCUACUUGUGGCCUCGCUUCGGUAUCUGCUAGCCUUAUAAAGUCGCGGGGUGCAACCACUAGUUUUCACUGG